GGGGCGGCUGUCAGGCGGUGACGGCGGCGGGCGGGACGCGCCCAGGUCGCUGCCGCUACCGGGACGCGGCUGGGCGGGGGCGGCGGCGGCGGCGGGCGGCGGAGCCGGCCCGGCCAUGGACGAGCAAGCGGGGCCCGGCGUUUUCUUCAGCAACAACAACAACAACAACGCGCUGCUGCUGCCGCCGCCGGCCGGCGGGCCGGGGCUGGAGCCGGGAGAGGCGGCGGCUGCGGGAGGAGGAGGAAGCGGUGGUGGCGGCGGCGGGGGGGUCUCCGGUGCCGCCGGGCCGGUGCCGGCGUCCCGUGCUCAGUACAGCGUGCCGGGCAUCCUGCAUUUCCUGCAGCACGAGUGGGGCCGCUUCGAGGCGGAGCGCGCCGAGUGGGAGGCGGAGCGGGCGGAGCUGCAGGCCCAGAUUGCUUUCCUUCAAGGUGAAAGGAAGGGACAAGAAAAUCUGAAGAAGGAUCUAGUGCGGAGAAUCAAAAUGCUGGAAUAUGCACUUAAACAGGAAAGGGCUAAAUAUCAUAAAUUAAAAUAUGGCACAGAAUUGAAUCAGGGAGAUAUGAAGCCACCAAACUAUGAUUCUGAUGAAGGGAAUGAAACAGAGAUUCAGCCACAACAAAACAGUCAGCUAAUAUGGAAACAAGGACGGCAGCUGCUAAGACAGUACCUGCAAGAAGUGGGCUACACCGACACAAUAUUGGAUGUGAAGUCAAAACAAGUACGAGCUUUAUUGGGACUUUCAAGUGAUGCUUCAGAAAAGGAAAAUAGAAAUCAAGAACCAAUGGUAAAUGGUACAGAGGGCCAGAUUAAGGAAAACACAAUGAUUGGGAAGCCAGAAUUGACUGACUCUGCCUCUCUGCUAGAGACCUUCAAGUUCCUUGAAAAUGCAGCUGCAGACUUUAGUGAUGAAGAAGAUGAGGAAGAUAUUGAAGGAAGAGAGAAAACAAUCAUUGAUACCGCAACAAUUGUAAGGAAAAGAGUGCUGUCUGACAGUAGUGAAGACAGAGAUACAGAAGAAGCUUUGAAAGAGUUUGACUUCUUGGUUACCUCAGAUGAAGGUGAUGGGGAAUCAAGAAGUUCAGGAGAUGGAACAGACUGGGAAAAGGAAGACCAGUGUCUCAUGCCUGAAGCUUGGAAUGUCGACCAGGGAGUAAUAACCAAACUCAAGGAACAAUACAAAAAGGAGCGCAAGGGGAAAAAGGGGGUGAAGAGAAAAACUACCGAAGAUAUGUUUCAGCCUCAAUCCUAUAUAAAACAGUCAAAACAGGGAUGUGGGAAAAUGAUGGAGCAAAGCACAGGGCCCAACAGGUCAAAGCUGCAAGAUAUGCUUGCAAACUUGAGAGAUGUUGAUGAUCUCCCUUCAUUACAGCCAUCUGUUGCACCUUCUUCUAGGCCCAGUAGCUCAAGGCUCAUUGAACAUGAGAUAAACAGGACAGAUGAAGUGGAAGCUUUAACAUUCCCUCCUUCUUCAGGGAAAUCUUUCAUUAUGGGAACAGAUGAAGCCCUUGAAAAUGAACUGGGUCUUGGAGAACUGGCGGGCCUCACGGUAGCCAAUGAGGCAGAUUCACUGACUUAUGAUAUAGCAAACAAUAAGGAUGCAUUGAGAAAGACUUGGAACCCCAAAUUCACAUUAAGAAGCCACUUUGAUGGAAUAAGAGGUCUGGCUUUUCAUCCAGUUGAACCAGUAUUAAUAACAGCUUCAGAGGACCAUACCUUAAAAAUGUGGAAUUUACAAAAAACAGCCCCAGCAAAAAAGAGUGCUUCUCUUGAUGUAGAGCCAAUAUAUACCUUCAGAGCACAUAAUGGACCAGUGCUUUGUGUGGUGAUGAGCAGUAAUGGUGAACAGUGUUACAGUGGGGGAACUGAUGGCCUCAUCCAUGGCUGGAAUACAACCAACCCAAACAUCGACCCCUAUGACUCUUACGAUCCUUCUGUUCUAAGAGGUGCUUUUGUGGGCCACACAGAUGCAGUGUGGGGUCUGGUUUACAGUGGCACACACCAGCGUUUGCUGUCCUGUUCAGCAGACGGCACUAUACGUUUAUGGAAAACUACAGAAAUUGCUCCAGCUCUCAAUAUAUUUAAUGAUAAUCAAGAAAUGGGAAUCCCUUCAUCGGUUGAUCUUGUGAGCAGUGACCCAAGCCUCAUGGUAGCAUCAUUUAACACUGGACACACGAGCAUUUUUAACAUGGAGACACGACAACGAAUUCUUACCUUGGAGUCUGGAGUAGAUACUACAGUCAGUUCCUCCUGCCAGAUAAAUAGAGUUAUCAGUCAUCCAACUCUUCCAAUUAGUAUCACGGCUCAUGAAGACAGACACAUCAAAUUCUAUGACAACAAUACAGGAAAACUGAUCCACUCCAUGGUAGCUCACUUAGAUGCAGUUACAAGUUUAGCUGUUGAUCCUAAUGGCUUAUAUUUGAUGUCCGGCAGUCAUGACUGUUCAAUUCGCUUAUGGAAUCUUGAAAGCAAGACCUGCAUCCAAGAAUUCACUGCUCAUCGCAAAAAAUUUGAUGAAUCCAUUCAUGAUGUGGCAUUCCACCCAUCCAAAUGUUAUAUUGCCAGUGCAGGAGCAGAUGCCCUGGCGAAAGUGUUUGUAUGACAGAGAGCUUCCAUUUCAACUCUAGCUUUGUAUAUAUUUAACCAGCUGCACAAAAGAGAAGAGGCGGGCAUGAAUCUUCUUAUCCUGCCCUAUAAUUCAGAGAAUGUUUGUAAGUGUUUAGUUUUUGCAGGGUGCUGUUUUCUAAAUUGAAGUUUGUUCUGGUUUCUGUGAGCUCAGCUGGUGCUGAGAGCUUGGAAACUCUCAGUUUCAAAUAGUUCAAAAAAAAAAAAAAAAAAAGAUGCUUUUAUUUCAGAGGGUGUGAAUUUUCGUCCAGGCAGGCCUUGGGUGAAACUAGGUCUAUGUAUUCUCUAUAAUAAAAUGGAGUACUGGAAAGAAGGGGUUUAAUUGCUUCAGGGAGAGGGAAAAGAGGGAAACUUUCUGGGAUGCUUCUCACUGAGGAAUCAUGAUGUACUUAAAAAUCAAAUCACCUGGAAAAAGUGUCAGUUCACAUGCUCAUUACCGUGUCUUGUGAGAGGCACUUUGUCAUCCCUUUGGUAUUACUAAGCAGAUCAUCUUCAGAGAGCAGUAGCUGAUACUUAAUCUCAGCCCCCUGGCUGCUAGCUUAAAGUAAAUGUGGUUAAAGGAAAGCAAGUUACUAACAUAAAUUGAAAUGCUGUAAAGUUUUAUUAAAUCUUCUGUUAUACAGCAAAUAUUUAGUUUGCAAAAAAAAUUAUAUAAUUUUUUUAAAGACUGCAUUAGUGUGUGGCUAGAAGCUGAGCCUUUAGUCCCAAUUAACAACAAACUGAAGCAGUCUGUAUAUACUGUAGUAGCAGAUUAACUUAUUCAGAUUUAUAAUGCUGUUUAUUCUUGGAGAUCUGGCACAAGAAAUUAUUGUAAGACUUCCCAAAGAAACUCUCUUAAAUUUAACUAUCAAAUGUUCAUCUCCUUCUGUUCCUGCUUAAAAAAAAAAAAAAAAAAAAAAAAAAGAAGGUAUUGUUCUGGGCAUUGUGGUAUCAUGAAAUGCUUAAUUACUUUUGAAGAUUAAAUCAAUGCCCAAUGCUUUGUGUGAGUCCUGCUAGAGUAAUAGUUGCCUACACAAAGUUCUGUCAGUCUGAAAGAUUCUGCCACUUCUAGAGGUAUUUCCGUACUUCAGCAUUUGUGGAACUUCUCAACAUGCCCACUUCACUGGGUGCAUUAUGCUGUUAAUUAGGUUACCUAAAAAAUGUGUGCUUUUUUAAGUUACUCAACAGAUGUGCUUCUCUGAUACAAGUGGCAAAUAACUUCUAAAACAAUAUUUUAGUGAUUUUACCCAUUCUUAAAGGAAAGUGAAUGGGUUCUUUUCUGUGUCAUCAUGAGAGUUUUUACUACUCUUCAGUCUGAAGCAGGCAUUUUCCUCAGAAGGAAAGGCAGAAUCGAUACUGGAGAUUAUUCCUGGUGCUGAUGUGAGUAGGAAAGAACCCAAUGCAUGCAACUCUUUCAAAUACCAGCCUGAGGUUAAGACUGGAAACUGAUAAAAAUCUUUACCUUUAAACUGACACUUUUUAAGAAGGAAUCAUUGAAAGAUAUCAACAUAGGGUUUGACCAUGUUGUUUGUAGGGUGAUAUUUGGAGAUGGGACCACAUUUGAAGCUGAACUCAGAGUUUAUAACUAUAUUAUUUAGAAUAAAAGGUUGACCUAUGCUGUUUGAGCCUGCAACACGUUACUGCUAAAAUAUCCUGGAAUACCUUUUGUCGCUCAGAAUAUUCAGAUAUGUCACUUCAUAAUAUUGAUAUGCAAUAUAUUUCCAUAGAUAAGAUUAGAACUUUUACCGUGAAACAGAUGACUACAAUAGUAAAUCAGAUUAUUUAGUUUUUAUAAAGUGUGUUGGUUAUGAUGAAAAGGGGAAAACUUGGCUGCAAAACUGAGCGUUCAAUUUUGUGAGAAUUCUGUGUACUUGACUCAUAUUCUUUCAGUGUCAUUAUUUUAUUUCUUUUUGGAGAGGAAAUUACAAAGAUUUAUUUGAAAAAUUCUAAAAGCUAUGUAUAUUAUAUAUGUGUAUAUAUAUUGUAAACAUGUAUUAAAUGUCUAGUAAGGGAAGACUCCAUGGGUGCAUUUUAAUGUUUUAGUAUUAAGAGUUCUCUUGAGUUUGUGUAUACAGAGGAUAAUGGCGUGAGUAUGAAAUGAGUGUUGUGCUUUUGCUUCCACAAUACGAUAUGUAGUUAGCAUUGUUUAAAUUGCUGUACAUAAAACUAAUAGGCCAGCAUCCUUGUUUUUAAAAACUGUCAUUCUGAUUACAAUUGGAAUGUAAGAAGUGGCUGUUCAAAUGUGAAUUGAAAGAUGUUUCCUUCUCAUUAUUGAGCUCUUGCUCAAACUGCAAAGUGUUUUUUUUAAAGCUGGCAAUAGCUAGAGGAUGAGGUGCCUUUAAAAAAACAAAACAAAUGUAGCCUUACAAAGAGGUUGUGGAAUAUAUAUAUUUUUGUGCCGGUCUUCAUAAUUGAUGUCAAUGUCUUUUUACUGUACUUGGUCACAUACUUGUAGGACUGUGGGGUAUUGUGCAUGAGCCUGCCAGAUCUUCUGAACAUCAUCAUAGGAGUUAGGGAUGAAAAAAUUAUUUAGGUUAUCUAGUCCAUCUGUUUGCUAAAGCAGGAUUGUAGACUUGUGCAUUUUAAUAUUGUCUUGGCCAGUGAGGUUUUGUAUAUGUUCUAAGCGAUUAGGCUUCCUUUGGAAGAUUACUUCAAUGAUUGCUUCUCACUGACAGGAGGAAUUAUAUGAUGUUUAGUAGUUCUUUUUGUAACGUCAUGCCAGUAUUCCAAGCCAUGCUUUGUGCCAUUUUAAAUAUUUCUAAUUGCUUUUGUAAUUUGGAGCCUGCAGGUAUGCAGUAGUUGUAGCUGUAUACUUUCAUUUCUUUCUGCUUUCUUCAAGCUAUUUUUCAGUCUGCUCUUUUUAUACAACUCUCUUUUAUUUUCAUCUUUUUAGCUUGUUUCUCAAUAUCUUGGUGCCCACAACACCAGUGCAUAUGCAGUGAGUUGUUGGACUUAGUCUGAAGGUGAUCUGGUAAAUGUGGUUUGUCCUUCCCCCAGCCUGAAACACAAUGCUUUUGUGUAGGAAGUCCAAACUUCUUGGUCUGGUGAGUGUCUCACAAACCCAAAUCUUAGUUCUGACAAAAUAAGGUGUGUGUGUGUGUGUGUAUAUAUAUAUAUAACUAAGCAUUGCUGCUUCUCAAGUUUCUCCCUCACUUUCAGUAUGUCUUUAUGAUUCUUUUGCAGCUGGAUACUUAACUCCUGUUUCAGGAUUAAUCUGUUUUUGUAAGCUUUGAACUUCUGAUUUCUGAGUGCACUAUUUUUUUUUCAUUUUACGUGCAGCUCUUUCUGGUUCAUUGUAAUUGGUAACUUUCAUGAAUGUGAUACAUGCAUCUAAAGAUGUAAACGAGACUGGACCUAAUGCUUAUUCUUGAAAAAA